AUGAACUUCAAACACGUGUGCGGCCUCCUCGUCGGACUCCACCUCGUCUCUGUGGACUGUGACAAACCAGAUGGGAGCGAUCCCGCAUUUGAGUGGUUGUGGACGAGGGAAGGUUACAUUCAGAGCGCGGCAAACAGCUCUUCUUGCUUGACAGUUGUUGGUCAAAAUGUUCAAACGGGAAUAUGCUCACAGAGUGGACCGUGGACUUUCCGGACUACACAGCAGAAUGAUACAACACCCACAUCGGCUAACCCACCUCCCAUCAAGGAUGAGGAUGGGGAUGCGCAUAUCUAUGCCGUCGGAAGAUCUGACCUCUGUCUCUCGGCCUUGCCAGCAGAUGCCGAUCAAAUCGUGCCAGGUAUGCCCGUUGGAGUGGCCUAUUGCAAGAACUCCACUGCCUCCAACAAGGCGAUUACCCAACGAUUCGACAUGCAGCUCAACUCGAAUCGACCCGGACCGGUGAAAUUCGAUACUGGAGAAUCGACUGACAUCUGCCUUGACGCUGGCGACAACCCAUCAAUUGGAUCUCUCGUCCUCACUUAUCCCUGCACGGGUGGAAAGGCUCAGCAGUUUUCGUUGGAAGGUACAUUCCUGUUUUUGUUGGACUCCCCUUAUUGCCUCACGCUCACUGGGACCGGAAACCUGCCUGUCACAGGAAAUGAUACAUCGGCCCAAUUAUUGGCAGUCAUGGAUACCUGCCGCGAUCCCGACCCGCAACAGUUGUUGACAUUGACGAGUACUAUGACGGCUGCGAGCUCACCCACUGCGGCACCUACUCGCCUACAUGUUAAGGAACCGGGAGAUAUACAGAUAGGAGAACAGAUCCCCCGAUUGUUACUCGCUUCACCGCAAUACCGUAUAAUUCAAGCUAUGGAGCUGAGAUUCUGUUCUUGGACAUGGGACGAAGGUAGACUUGUGUAUCAUGAGGACGAUGACGAACCAAGAGGAUGUUUGAUAGCGGAUAGCCGAGUCGUACGGAUAGGAGAAUGUACAGGAUCCGAUUCGAUGACCCUUGGGGUUUAUGCUAACCUUGGAGAAGUAACCCUCUCUCCUAUAGCAGAUAAUACCCUCUGUCUCGCUCCAAACACUUUGAGUCCCACCGUCAACGAUACCCUUUCUUUAGUACCAUGUACCAACGGUUAUGUUGAUUACCAAUUCAAUACCCAUAUAAUCACGGAUACCUACGCAACGGCGAUGAUCGUGGUUGGGGCGCAGUACGAAGGUAGCGAUCUUUGUGUGGUGGCUUCUAAUGGGACUCAAGGUGGUGAUCCUAUCCUGGCAAUGUAUCCUAGCGUUCUGGAAGGCGACGAUGUCCAGCAGUAUAUGUGA